CGGACCACAGGGGGCGCUGUUGGAGAACCACAGUCCGGCUUCAAUUUGAGCCCCGUUUGAGACGAGCAGCAUUAGAUGUCUGUCGAAAGUCGGAAGUUGUGUUUUUAAGCUGAAAGUUAAGUUAGACAAAAUGGCAGAGGACGACAGUUAUGAGUCGAUGCUUUGUGUAAAACCAGAGGUUCACGUUUACAAGAUUCCCCCUCGAGCCUCGAACCGCGGAUACCGUGCUGCUGACUGGAAGCUGGACGAGCCUGCAUGGAGCGGCAGAAUGAAGAUCACGGCUAAAGGCAAGAAGGCCUUUAUCAAGCUGGAGGACAGAAACACAGGUGAACUUUUUGCACAAGCACCAGUUGAGGAGUAUCCAGGUAUCGUAGUGGAGGCGGUCACAGAUUCCAGCAGGUAUUUCGUCAUCCGGAUAGAGGACGGGAACGGGCGCCACGCUUUCAUUGGUCUGGGCUUUGCUGAUCGUGGAGACUCAUUUGACUUCAAUGUUGCUUUGCAGGAUCACUUUAAGUGGGUGAAACAAGAGGGAGAACUCGCAAAAUUGGAGGCCAACCAAAGCAACCAGCCGAAACUGGACCUGGGCUUCAAAGAGGGUCAGACCAUCAAGAUCAGCAUCGGGAACAUCAAGAAGAAGGAUGGGGGCGGGGCUAAACCACGACCCGCGGCUGGAGGCCUGCUUCCACCUCCUCCUGGGGCAAAAGUGGGAGGUAUCAUGCCACCUCCUGGAGGGCAUCAGCCGACCCCUCCUGCACAGGCCAACACUGCCGCUCUGUUAGACUUCGGCUCCCCCGGCCCCGCGGCCCCACCCAGCGCCGACCUGUGGGGAGAUUUCACCGCCGCCGGAUCCAACUCCAACAAAGACGCUGUCAAGUCAGGCUGGGUGCAGUUUAGCUGAGUCAUAAGAAAGCGUGCACCCUCUCAGGUUCUGUACAUUCCUGAUCAGGACAGCCGGCACACAGACAAACAGGAAGUGUGCGGCUCGUUAGCUACACUCCCAGAUUAAGAGAAGUCUGCUCAGCGACACGCUCAGUCUGGAAGAACAAACUGAAUGCACACACACGUCUCUUUCAUCCGCUAUGCAGUCAGAUCGAUUUUAGAGGCUCCCAAAACAAAGACACAGAUCAAAGAUUGAAGGGAAAAGUUGUCUGCUGACACUAACGCGGUCAAAUAUUUCUCCACUAAUGAAACCGGGAGUUCUUAUUUCUUAACUUUUAACUUCUUCUAGAUCAAAUCUAAUCAUCUGCUCCUUGAAUGAUCUCAUUCCACCAGCAUCUCUCAUCUCAACCUUUUCUUUGUCUGUUUUUAUUUUGCUGUAGAGCGGCAUCUUUGUUUGUUUUUGUUAGGGACGUUUCAUAUUUCUUGUGUUGGGAAACUUUUAAGAUUUUUUGUUCAUGUUUGCUGAUUUGAUUUGCAUUAAAGCUUAUAAUCAAGAUCUUAAAGGUUUUAAAUGAAAGUGAUGGGAAAAAUGUUUGUUCUUAGUUUUGUUUGUCGCUGAAGCGUCGGCAUCUUCAGCUGACGUGUUUACGCACGCUUGUUAGUUUGUGCCUUUUACCCCAAUGAAAUGUCCUCGCUCCUCCUCGCUCUAAGUGCCUUCCUGAAGACGAUGAAAUACAUGAAAUGUAAAACUGUCUUUGUAAAUAAACAUUAUAUUUCAUUG